CGAGCGUUACGUGUGUGAGCGUUGUACGUGUGCAAGGAAAGCACCUCGGGGUGGGGUGGGGAGGGGGGAACAAGGUGAAGACAACAGAGUGGAGCCUGGGGGGGUGGAGGUAAGGGGGGGGGAAGCAGUUUGUGCGGACAUCCAGACGAGGAUAGCCGGAGCGCACCGGGUGCUUCUCCGUCCUGGACACGAUUUUGCCUUUUCAUUACCAGUGGUGGUGAGACCAGAGGGUUAUUCCCUGCAGAGGGAACGCUGAAGGAACAUCAUGGCAUUAGCGGGAUGCCCUGACUACUUCUUACGUCAUUCGAACUACCAGGAAAGGAUGGACCGCACUUCCACUCGCAGGCCUGACGAGCUUAUUGUUCCUGGCUUUCAGCGCUCAGCCAGUCAGAAUUUGCCACAUCACCAUGAUGAUGACGUGGAUCUGGAGCAGCUGGUGAAUGACAUGAACUCCUCUAUGGAGAGUGUGUACUCCACACAGACAGACACGGCGGUUCUUCUAAACAACGGCCACGCCCCUCACCACCACCAUCAGGUGCACUCUUCCUACCUGGGACACAGCCGUCGCCACACCCCAGCCCUGCCCUCUUCUUCCCCCUCCAGAGAAAGGCUGAGACACUCUCAACCCAUGCACAUCAAAGCUGUCAGGAACCUGCAGGAAGAGCACCAGCUGCGUCCAGCCUCGCUGCCAGCCAUCCCCAACCCUUUCCCUGAGCUCUGCAGCCUAACUGGAUCGCCUAUUCUGAGCCCCAUACAGACCUCUGACAACCAUAACGAGGUGAGCCGCGUCUCCAGGAUGCUGUGGACAGAGUGCAGACUUCCCGUGGCAGAGCCAGGAAUACGGCUGGGAACAUCUGCAGGUCGGAUCUCUCUGAACCUUCUGAAUCCGUCUGCUGGCUCCGGCAAGACAGGCGCCCUUUUCCGGUUCACACGCUUCAACCUCGUGUGCCCUCAUUCAGAGAGAUGUGUGGAGGACCACGAGCUGGUGGUUCAGGUUCAAGCCUCCAUGAGCGGUGACAGUAAAUUCCUCUUCAGGAAGAAUUAUGCCAAAUAUGAAUUCUUCAGGAACCCCCUGAACUUUUUUCCGGAGCAGAUGGUGGCUUUUUGUCAGGAGUCUGAUGGCUCAAUUCCUCCGUCACAGCUCUUACAGAACUUUCUGAACUCGAGCAGCUGUCCAGAGAUUCAGGGCUAUCUGCAUGUGAAAGAGCCGGGACGCAAGUCCUGGAAAAAGCUCUACAUGUUCCUGCGCCGCUCCGGCCUUUAUUACUCCACUAAAGGAACAUCCAAGGAGCCCCGGCACCUGCAGGUACUGUCCGACCUGGAGGACAGUAACGUCUUCACCGUCAUCACGGGCCGAAAACUUCACAACGCCCCCACAGACUACCAGUUCUGCAUCAAGCCCAGCAAAGUGAGGAGCGACUGCAAGGAACUGAAAAUGCUGUGUGCGGAGGACGAGCAGAGCAGGACUUGCUGGAUGACUGCCUUCAGGCUGUUCAAAUACGGAAUAGUGCUGUAUCAGAGCUACAACGUGCCCCAGCAGAGGAAGUCUAACCUCUCGCCUUUUACUGCACCUGUGCGAAGCGUAUCUGAGAAUUCCCUGGUUGCCAUGGACUUCUCCGGGCGGACCGGUCGCGUCAUCGACAACCCCAUCGAGGCCCAGAGCGCCGCCCUGGAAGAAGGGCAUACCUGGAGGAAAAGGAGCCAGCGUAUGAAUGUCUUGGGCAGUCCCAGUCCUCUGCAUCCAUCUUCUCUGAGCACAGUGAUUCACAGGACACAGGUGUGGUUUCAUGGUCGUAUCAUGAGAGAGGAAGCCCACAAAAUGAUGAUACAACAAGGCCAAGUCGAUGGGUUAUUCUUGUUGCGGGACAGUCAGAGUAAUCCCAAGGCAUUCGUGCUCACCUUGUGCCACCACCAGAAGAUCAAGCACUUCCAGAUCCUACCGUGUGAGGAGGACGGUCAGGUAUUCUUCAGCCUCGACGACGGCGCCACCAAGUUCACCGAUCUGAUUCACCUGGUGGAGUUUUACCAGCUUAACAGAGGAGUGCUGCCCUGCAAGCUCAAACACCCCUGCACCGCUGUGGCCUUGUGACACUCCUCCCCCCAAACCUUUCUUUGCACACCUCUCUCCCUGAGAUCCCCCUCCCUCCCCUUCUGUCCCCUUUACCCCUUCCCUUACCAACGCAGUGGGGGUUGAGGAGAUGGAGAAAAGUUACGUCUUGUUUUGCGGAUGUGAACAACUCUGCAGGAGCCGGGACUGGAAGUCGAUGUCCCCCAGUGGGUAACGUUCGUCUCCACCUUACUGCUGCUUGGUUGCUUGAAUGAGAGCUGUUGGGACAGGCCAAGUGUCGAAGACUGUGGACUCCUGCGGUUGUUUUGUUAUUGGUGUUCAGACCCCAGAAAAAGACCAGCGUGAUGUGAAACCUCAAGAUGGCUACAGUAUGUUUCCAGUGGGUCUCUUGGAUGGAUCCCUUCCUUUAGAGUCCCAAACCUUUCAAACCCACCCACCUUCCCCAUCCUCCAGGCCUGAUAAGCUGUGGUGCCCGCCCUGUCCUCGAUACCGAGGUGGGCGGGGAGCGCCACCUUCUGACUUCCUCAAUGAUCAUCAGGGAUGGACGGGAACCUCCCUGGGUCCCAUCAAACUUGAUCCAGGAGUUUUCUCAACCUGUGCAGUCCAGUCUGGAUAAGCUGACACCCUGCCCUCCACCCCCCGGAAACACCUUAGCGGGGCAUGACGUGGCAUCGCUGCCGUGUCCCGACCCACAGACCCCUGAUGCAACCCCAAUCCCGCCUCCACACGAGCUCAGAAAAAAGUCGGGAGAGAAACGAGAAGUCGCUGAAAGGCAAGACGAGCAGAGCAGGGGCGAGGGUUUGCUGAAAGGACAGAGGAAUGUUUAUCAGGAAGGCUGUACAAGCCUCUCUUGUAGAGUUGAUUACUUGAUGUCAUUUUAAUGCUGUUUUAUUACUGUUGAUUCAAUGAAGAACUUGUUUUGCACUCCCGAGCGGACAGACGACAGCUCUUUAGCUAAGAGAAGCUGCCUCCUCUUCCUCCUUCACUCCCCUUCUGAAAAGCACGCAUGUGAAUUUCCAUCAGCUCUGACUGGAUUACGGUGGUGUGGGAGCACAGUCACAUCAUGCAGUGCUUUCCAGUAAGGUUUAAGAACAUCUAACUAACCUCCCCAGCCGUGUGUGUCGUACCAACAAGACCACAACAAUUAAAAAACAUGAAUGUGCUCUUGAACCAGCUGUAGGUGUCUCAAGACUUUAAGGAAGAAGAGGAAGAUUUUCAAAUAGACUCACUUAAAAGUGUGUCGAGCCCAAGCUUUCUACUAUUUCGGUCUUUUUUUUUUCCAAUCAAAAUGGUUAUUUUAUCUGUUGGUGAAUUUGUCUUUGAAUGUUUUCCUUUUACUAAAUAAUUUCUGAGCUCUCUGCUUGCACAUUUUUAAAAAAUCAGCCUGAUUUGUUGUCGAUGGGUUGGAGCUGUCGUGUUCGGAUUCUGACCACUGUUCCCUCGUUGAAAGCAACAAAAGCACUCUCGAAACUUUUAUUAAAAACAUUUUAAAUAUGAAAUUUGAACAAAUUACUUGAAAUGUGAACUCAGUUGUCUGUGUGUCAACAAGCAGUCAAAUGAGCUUCACUCGCCUUAAGUGAAAAUUGUGAGCCUUGUGUAUAAAAUUGAAGCUAUGUUUUAAAAAGUAAUGCACAUAGAGUAACACGUUUGGGAUUUUUUUUUUUCAGGGGUGGUGGAAGAACAUCAUGAGUGGGAGAAAUGGUGGGAGAUUUGGGAAACAGUCCUUUUUUGCUUUCUUGUCAAGAAAUGUAACACGCUUACAGGAUCUGUACGUUAAAUAUGAGGCUAAUGCUAGCGUGACUAGCAGUCUUGACUCUGUGCAGUUAGAAAAUCUGCCUAAAGCCACCUCUAAAGCUCAGUAAUCAACAUGUUUUAUCAUCUUGGAAACAGCAGUUUGUGAAAGUUAUCUGAUGUUUUUACUGAGCUUGGCUAGCUGGCUGUAGACUGCUAGCUAGCAUCACACAUAACUAGCUAGCUUCUCAUCUCUGCCUUCUUUUCUAACAGGAAAGCAAAAAAUAUAUUUUCCAAAAGGUCUAAAAGAUUCCUGUAAAGUGAAAAUCCAUUGGAACAAAACUUUGAAAACAUGUGCUGGUGAUGCAAUCUCAGAUCUGGAUAAAAUGUCAGUCAACUCUAUAUUUAGAUAUUUCCAUUAGCUGCAUGAAGUGAGCACCAUUGCUAAACAUCAACAGGGUCGCUAAAUUACAAUCAAGCAGAAAUGGCUUCUUUCUUGAUUUCACAACCAAUCCAUCAAACAACAAAUCCACCGCUACAUAGACAUAGGAAGCUAACAUUACAGAGGGGUUUCACUUAGUUUAGUAGUACCAGGUCAUUGUUUGAGUAAAUUAAGGGCCAGCAAGUAUUUGUUUUUGUUCUUUCAUUUUGAAAAAGUAAAAGUAUUCAAUUAUUCAAGCUUCUCAAAUAACAGGUUUAGUGAACUGAACCUCCAGUUUCAGAUUGUUGUACUAGCUGUCACCUUUGGUUCUUGAGAUUUUUUUUCAUUCUUUAUUUUUUGUAGACGCGUGACCCCUAACCAUGUGACAUUAACUUGUUGGCCAUUUUGGACAUGUGACAAUGUAGGAUAAAGUGAACAAGGCCCCAAUCACACAAGCCUACAGACUGGUCUGCAACCAGCUGGAAACCACUGGUCAUGAUGGGGAAAUAACUUGAAUGCUUGCAAGUAGUUAAUGGAGGUUGAUGGUUUUCACUCGAAAAAUAAAGUCUCAGUCACACAUGCAUUCUGAGUGGUCAGUGACCCCUAUUUUUCCCCAAUGACCCACCUGUCAGUAUGGAAAACAUUUUGGAAACUGUAAAAAGUGCAGCAACAAAAGGAAACAAGGAGUAUUUGCUUUUAUGUAAAAGUUGUCCUUUUUUGAAACAUGCUGGUUGUAGAUCUCAAGCACAACUUUUACUUUGAAGAAGGAAUCCUCUCUAUCUCUGGUUUGUGAGAUAGAGAUUUACUACUGCUCAGAGAGUAAUUACAAAGAUCUUUCAGACAUACAUGACACGCAGUGAUGCAAAUAUGCUAGCAACCAAAGGAGUCAUUGGGAGGUUUCCAUUAUAGCAUCUACUUUGGAACUGAUUUCACCCAGCGAGAGCCACCAACCUCCUGGAAGUACUACCAACCAGUCCGUAAAUAUGUUUCCCUGACAACCAGUGGUUGUAUCGUUUCUAAAUUGAUGCCACGUGAGAAAUCUCAGUACACCAAAAAUUGACCAAAAUCUUCUAAAUUGACUAAAUUGGAUAUUAGCGAUGGUUAGUCUGUAGGUCUAGCUGCUGUGAUAGUAGAUGUCAUGGAAAACAUUUGUCACGUGAAUGUGUCCAAAAUGUGUUACCAUUUUACUGUUUCGGUUUCCUUGAAUUUUUGGUUGAACGCUAGCUUUAUACUAGAACAUACCACAUGUAUGUUGCAGAGAACGAGUUUGCUAAUUGGUGGCUAAAUGCUAAACACAGAACCUUAACCUUAUGCCCAAUCUUAGCAUUCAUGGUUCAAAACUCAUUAAAGUGGCAUCAGUUUGUGAAUCAGUCGGUAUCAUAAGCUUUUUUCCCCCUCUACCCUUCCCUCCAUUUUUUUUGUGUCAUUUGGUCCCAUUACUGGCUUUUUGUUGAGGGAACCAGGGUAACGCUAACUUUUGGAUUCACCUACAUAGGAUCAUCCCACAGGCGCUCCUUAAGCAGUCUGGAAAAUGAACUGAAAACUACACAUAGCAGGUAAAGCAGAAAAAGUUGGUCUACUGAAAAUAAACGAGCUGUCAUCAACCAAUUCAUGACAUGUAGGAGAAAAUGCCAAUUGUUGACGCUGUUGCCAGGUCUCUAAAAAUGAAUCUGUAAUAGUCAGCAUAGAGAUCAGUUCCAAAGAAUUAGAUUCACAUAGAAAUUCCUCUUGAAGUAGCUUAAACAGAUCACGAGUUAGUUUAUUUUUAACCUUAUUUAUAGUAACAGGAAAAAGAUGCCCAAGAAAGGAGACGAGGAACCCUUUUGUCAUUCCGACUGUCACAUGACCAACUGAACCCGUGUGACAUAACACCUGCUUUUGUGCAGCACUCGUCCCGCCCUCACCUGCAGUUUCCAUCCAUCCUACCCCAGAUUCACAGGGUUAGAAUGAGAUCGACAGACUCUAAGCACCGACACUGAUACACACACAGACACACACACACAAUCCACUGCCGCCACCAGCCAACUAAUCGCGUGACUUAAACAACUCACCAGCUCUGCAAUCCACCAAUCAGGCCUUUUUGGUCAGUCAGGUCAGACUCUCUCCAGGGAUUGGAUAAUGCUUGAAUCCCCCGCCCCCCUCUCCCACCUGUGUCCAGCCUGUAAGCUAUAUGACCCUGUGGUAAAUGUAUGUGUUGGUGUGCGGAUGACCAGACUGUUAUAUUCACUCUUCAGGAAGUCUGCUGGCUAACGCGCUUGCCCUUUUAGAGGCGGUAAAAAGACAGUCUGGUAAAGUCGGGGGGGUAAGCUGCAGAUUUAGAGGAGACGGGAGUUUGACUGGAAGUUUCCCAGCAUUCCCAGUCAUCAGUACAGGUUCUUCCCUGUCUGACAGAGGAUGAAAGCCACGUCACUAUGGGUCAGCGGGGACAAAAUCACCGUCCUCCCUCCAUUUUUUUUUAAGUCACUGUGCUACAAUGCAAUCGUUCACAGAAGUCCAAUCAUAUGAAUAUAUACCAGUAUAAAGUCUUGUUUUCAAAGUAUGUGAAGCUAUGGAGAAGAUGUAGAUCUAACACUGUACCUAGGUCACAGAUCACUAUGUAUGGGCUGUUAUGCUUUUGCUCAUAACUCCAUGUAAAAUGAAGAAUGAUUUGUUUUUUCCUUUUUUUUAUUAUAUGAUUGUGUGUAUGACUUUAUUGUGUAUUGUCUUUGGUUUGCCACAAAAUGACGUAUACCACAGCAUAUACAGUAUUAAUUAAAUUAAACAUAUUUUUUUUUUAUUUUAAGAAAUCAAACUGGAUUUUUGGCACGUGUCAAAUUUCUGAACUUCAGUUGUGUUUAUAAGCUGACAGGCUGUCGGAGUCUUCAUCUCUGCCAGGUUUCAACUCUUUCAGUAUUCCCUCUCUGUCAUUUAUACUCCAUGUUUGGAUAUUAAGCCCACACACACACACACACACAGAGCAUUGUUUUUUGAUGGAGAGCGCACACGCUAAUUCUUAAGCUUUUCAUCACAAGUAGUGCAAUUAUAAGCUGUAGCUCCAGAGGAUUGUGCAUCUCAUUAUAAUGUCUAUGUUGUGUGAUUAUUUUUCUUAAAGGUGCGUAACAUUUUUUUGUAUUCUCUCGCAGCACGUGCCUCUUUCUGAAACGGUCACAGCUCCCUAGUUGCCGUCCGUCCACUCUCACACUGCGUUUCAAAUUAGCUGUGACUGUGAAAUGCAGCCUUACCGGAACUAAAUGCUAAUGUGGACGUCACACGUCAGUCCCACUGAACUUCGGUGACUUACACUAUAGGUGCAAGUGAAGCUAACUCAGUGUUUUUAUUGCUGGGUCAAAGUCAUCAUAAGUUGAAGUCAAAUAUAAAAUUUCAGGGAGGAAAAAACAAAAACAAAGGAUCAAAUGAACUGUAAUCAUUUUUUCUCACGUACGCUCCUCCACUGUGCUUUGCUUCAUUCUGUCUGUGCGGCUCCUGGAUCUACAUUGUAUCCUUUUCAGGUAUUUUUUGUACAAAUAAGGGACUGAUAUAUUCUCUGUUUAUUGGAAAUUAGAAUAAAAGACAACAUUGCUAUAAACCAAA